UAUUUUUUCUUGACCGGUAGCAUAAGCUUUCAUCAUCUCUAUUUGUAGAACACUCUGUACAAAUAAUAAUACAAGUUCAUCAUGAAGAUUUCAACCACCAGAGAUAGUAGUGGCAAUAACGACAAGUCACGAAUACUGUUGGCCAUUGUCGGUCUCGUCUUUUUUCUCGUGGGACGCUUUUCCGAACGAUCGUCUCGCGGAGUUGUGAUCUUGGAACAAUCACAAGCACAACCAAAACAAGCCCAAGCACAACCACGCGACCGCUGCAGUACCAAACUCCAGGAAUUGGAAGACCAAUGGAAUGCACGUCGCCAAGCACGACAAUCCUACACACUGGGUCAAGAUGCCCAACCAUUGCGCCACAAACAAAUCAAAACCGAUUCCAAUGGAGCCUUUGAUUAUUUCGAGCCUGAAGCCGUUUGCUUUGACGACGAACGCUUUGGGACGUCCAAUUCGCAUGCCACGGACUUUGAACGAUAUCAAGGGGCGUUUGGAGAUGGCCCCAAGUUUCUGUGUGGCGUCGAUCGGAUCAUUCAACAGAACGGUGGCUGCCUCAUUUACACGGUCGGCACGAACAAGAAUCAAAUUGAAUUUGAAAAGACAGCCUCGCUCAAUUUGAAAUGUGAAAUUCACACCUUUGAUCCUACCAUUUCCACCCAACAAUAUAAAGGAAAUGACUAUUCCAAAUUUCACGAAUGGGGGUUGGGGGAGGAGGAUCCAGAAAAAAAACAAAUUUCCCUGGAAACGGUGGUCCAGAAACUGGGACAUCAAAAUCGAACCGUUGACAUUCUCAAAAUGGAUUGUGAAGGUUGCGAAUACCAAGUUCUCAAAGAUGCCUUUCAAGCCAUGAUCAAUGGCAAGCUUCGCAUAAAUCAAGUAUUGGUGCAAUUCCAUGCCACGGGCAUGAAGAGAAAGAAGAACCCCAAUGCCGAUGACAGAAUAUACAUUGUGGACACGCCACAAGACUUUGCCAACAUGAAAGCUCUAUUCCAAGUCGCCGAUCAAGCCAACAUGAGAGUCUUUCACAAGGAACGAAAUGGAUGGACAUGUGGUGGAUAUGCUUGUAUCGAGUAUGCCUUUGCCAGCAAUGAAUUCUUGAGAAGGGCCAAUUCACAUUACAUCUGCUAGCUAGCUACCGUAGCAACGACAUUGUUUAAAAGCAGACAGACAAUACAAAACAAAUGGGGAUAACAGCAAUUAUAUGUGCGAUAAAGAAUACUUUGGAGGGGUUUGUCAGUGUCACAUUCUCCAUCAACAAUGUGCAAAUCUUCAAUUGCCUGGCCUUGCCUUCAAAAAGUGGCGUGUCAAAGACGAAUGCCAGAAUGAUCAAUCCUCAAUGCUCAAUACAUUCAAUUCAAGCAAGGCAAUCUGCAACCUUUACGGCAACUGAUUCUACUAUCUAAAAUGGCAAACUUAGCUACUUGUCCACCACUACCGGUAGCUAGUAGAGCAUCGUAGUCGUUUUCAGUCUGAGACUACUAGUAGCUAACCAUGACUCCUCACUCUGAGCACAGCAAUGUAGAUUACAUGCAGACUCACAUUUGAUCCAUGUCAUGUACAGUGCGAAAGCAGAGGCCGUGGCUGGGAGUCGAGGACGACGCUCUC